AUGUCGUCGAAACUGGUACCGUUUGUGUUCCGCAGCGUCCCCCGGGCCUCGCGACAGUUCCAGCAGACUCAAUGGCGGGCGUUCAGCGUCACGCGACCCUCGCGGAGUGACAGCCUCAAUGUCCACCGCAACACCUCCGUGAACAACCCCUCGAUACCGUUCAAGUUCACACCGCAAAAUGAGGAGCUCAUCGAGGAAGUCCUCUCCCGGUACCCCUCGCAGUACAAGAAGGCGGCUGUCAUGCCACUUCUCGACCUCGGACAGCGACAGCACGGCUUUUGCAGCAUCAGUGUCAUGAACGAGGUAGCGAAACUCCUUGAAAUGCCACCAAUGCGCGUGUACGAGGUUGCGACUUUCUACACUAUGUACAACCGCACUCCGGUUGGCAAGUUCCAUGUUCAAGUCUGCACAACAACCCCCUGCAUGCUUUGCAACAGCGACUCGGUCAUGAAGGCUUGUGAGGACACUUUGGGCAUCCACCACGGCCAAACUACCAAGGAUGGCCUCUUCACCAUGACCGAAGUCGAGUGCCUCGGCGCAUGCGCGAACGCACCCAUGGUCCAGAUCAAUGACGACUACUACGAGGAUCUCACAUACGACACCACCGUCUCGUUGCUCAAGGCUUUGAAGCACGCCUCAGAGGCUACCGGCGCGCAACCCGGAGGCGUGGGCCUUGCUAGCGAUUCUGGAAAGAGUGCUCUAACAGGGGAGGGCGCCAAGGGUGGAGAUGCAAUCAACAGCCAGGGACGAGCAUAUGAGGCUGGUGGCGUAAAAUUGCCAUCGCCAGGUCCGUUGAGCGGAAGGAAGAGCUGCGAGCCAGCUGGUGGUCUGACUUGCCUAACAAGUGAGCCGUGGGGGAAUGAGACUCUGAGGAAGGACGGCGCUCUUUGAGCUUGUAAAUAUGUGCAUCGCUGUGUAGACUACCUCCAAUACCAUUUUCUCUGCAAAGAGAGUUUUUCUCCGUUACUUGCAUUUUGUUCGACGUUCAACAGAUAUGCACCAUUUCCAUGCAUAUUAUCAACAUCUGAGGUACUUUGCCAUUGAAAUAUCUAUCGC